AAAAAAAGAAUGUCUAGAAUUUCGGAAGCAAUUGAAAGGCAAACACACGGCAAUAUCAGAAAACACCGCGUUUGUUAAAUCGCUACUGUUAAACAUAUUUCAAAUGUUUUUAAUUGACAUUUUUUGAUUGUCGCUACUGGCCAGUGUUAAUAUUUGUGCAGAAUUUGUUUAUUAUUGGUAACCGCUGCUGUAACGAUCGGUUUGUAUAGUGAGUGAUUAACAGCAAAGGUACGCUAAACGUAGACCGAAAUUUCAGUGCAUCGGCUUAUGUGUGUGAUAAUUGCCCUUAAAGUACUUAUUAUUGUGUGUGUGCAGAAACAUUGAUAUUUCAAGUGCCGGUGCGAUGCGUAAAACUCGUUCUCAAACUCAGGCCGAGGCCGCAAUCGCAAAUGCGGGACGUACGGUCUCCUCAUCCAAUUCACCAUCCAUUGUUUCAUCGACAGAAAACCAUGGUGCACAAAACAUGAGUACGACAAUUCGAGCGCCUCAAAAUAUCCAGAUUGCAGCCGUAAGUGCACAAAAACGUAUUGUGCCACAAACGGACCAUUUCAAAAUCAAGGAAUGUGAGGAAAUGAUAAAUUUGCUUCGUGUGGUAGAACUGCAACAGAUACUAUCAUUUUUGAACAUUUCGUUUGGUGGUCGUAAAAUUGAUUUACAACGUCGCAUCAUCAACCUAUUACAUACAAACUACGACUUAUUGUCACAUAAAAUACGUGAAGUUUACACACAAUCAAUUGCGGAGCAACAGGCUCAACAGUACGGGCCAACAGAUCCAAAAAGAAUGUAUUCACACAUGCAAAUGCCACAGGUGCAGCCCAAUACGGCAGCUGGUCUGCCUAAUGCGGGACAACCAACAGCUGUUGGUGCCCAACCAAUCGCCGGUGUCCCGCCAACUGGGCCCGGUGUUGCCAACAAUAUGGUACCGUUUAUGAAUCCCAUACCCACACAUAUACCGAUUCAUCCAGAUGUACGUCUUAAGAAACUUGCUUUUUAUGAUGUACUGGGUGUGCUGAUUAAACCCUCAUCACUUGUGCCGCGUAAUACACAGCGCAUACAAGAGGUGCCCUUUUACUUUACAUUGACACCACAACAGGCUACAGAGAUUGCUUCGAAUCGUGACAUACGAAACAGUAAUAAGAUUGAACAUGCCAUACAGGUGCAGUUACGUUUCUGUUUAUUAGAAACAUCAUGCGAACAAGAGGACUGUUUCCCGCCCAGUGUCAGUGUAAAGGUCAACAAUAAGUUGUGCCAACUGCCGAAUGUCAUUCCAACCAACAGACCGAAUGUGGAACCAAAGCGACCACCACGCCCCGUCAAUGUUACAGCAAAUGUAAAGCUUUCGCCAACGGUCACCAACACAAUCACAGUACAAUGGUGCCCUGAUUAUACGCGUGGCUAUUGCAUUGCCGUAUAUUUGGUGAAGAAGCUGACUUCAGCGCAAUUAUUGCAUCGCAUGAAGACAAAGGGCGUCAAACCAGCCGACUAUACGCGCGGUUUAAUUAAAGAGAAACUAACUGAGGAUGCAGAUUGCGAGAUCGCCACCACAAUGCUUAAGGUCUCGCUUAACUGUCCGUUGGGCAAGAUGAAAAUGUCCAUACCAUGCCGUGCAUCGACGUGCUCGCAUUUACAAUGUUUCGAUGCUAGUCUUUACCUGCAGAUGAACGAGCGUAAGCCCACAUGGAAUUGCCCGGUGUGCGAUAAGCCAGCCAUUUACGACAAUCUGGUCAUUGAUGGCUACUUUCAAGAGGUGCUCGCUUCAUCCUUACUUAAACCCGACGAUACGGAGAUACAAUUGCAUAAAGACGGCUCAUGGAGCACACAUAGUUUACGUAAUGAGGCUCAAAUCAUCGAUACACCGACAAAGCCUGUUGAAAAAGUCGAAGUCAUUUCGGAUGAUAUCGAAGUCAUCACCACUGAGGAUGUGAAAAUGGUCAAAGCUGGCGCACCGCCUGCUAUUGCUAACGAUCAGCCAACAUCAACGACAAACAGUGAAACGGUGGAUUUAACGCUCAGCGAUUCCGAUGACGAUAUGCCGCUGGCCAAACGGCGCCCCACCAUUAAGCAGAAUUCCGGCAGUAGCGCUACAAAUUCGGCGGUGUCCACAUCAAGCAUUAAUGGCAACGGCAAUGGAAAUGCUGCAGCAGGUAAUGGCGGCACCAAUGCCAGUCUGCGUAAUGCACUACAACCGCCACGAACUGAAGCCGACACCACCAUAAUAUCAUUAGAUUCACCCUCACCACCGAACAGUCCAACAUACUCCGAGAGAGACGUCAGCUCCGCGGAGACUCCCACAGCCUCAAAUGUCGUCUACACGUCUAGUAUUAUUAAACACACCCAUAACGCCCACAACAACCACACCAACCGAAAGUUCGAUUUUUAUAAGGGUAUUUCAUCACAAAAAUUAAAACCUAUUGAGAAUCGUCACUGGUGGGCAUACAAUGGUCGACGGGGAGACCGGAAAAAGUCGUAAAUAUGUGUGAAAAAAUCCUCAACUCAACUUUGCUGCGGAGCACUCAAAUUUUUCCUGUUAAUAAAUCUUUGAAAUAGUAAAUUUGUUAAAAUUGUUUAGAACACCUUUCCGAAUCUUCAUAAAUUUUUAGUUAUGCUUGUUAUUUUAUUUUCUAUAUCUGUGUAUAUAUAUUCAUGUUAUUUGUAAAUUCCAAAACUUUUUAUAAUAUUUAUCUAUUAAAAUUUUGAAAUUACUCACUUAUUUUAAUAAAGACACGUUUUCUUCAUAAAAUAGCGUCCUAGAGAAAACUGUGAAUAUCUCAGUUAAUCUUUCCCUUUCAAAUGGCAUUUCUAGGGAACCAAUAAGAGUUAGAGGAGUGCGUGCCUCACACUCACACUCAAGAAUCCUCGCACACUUCGACUUCAUCCCGAGGUUAUUGGACCAUCACCAUAUCGCUGAGCGUAGCCCUGGCUAUACCUUCUUUACACUAACUCCUUUAAGGAAGCUUUAGGUGGUAAAGAGUCGCUGGAAGAGAGGCUUCUUCGCGGAUAAGUGGAAGUAGGCGAGGAAGGUAGGUGGAGGAGUUUACUGUUGAGAACUACUUAUCAACUAUAGUUUUAACGUUUUCGACUACUGUUUUCGACUGUGUCUCGACUACUUUCAAGCGGAGGUGGCUGCUAUAAAGGUAACGACGGAUAUAUUACUCCGUGGCGCAGCAACCUUCAGUUCGAUGACUGGCCGCUGAAGGCUGGUUAAGGAAUAUUUAAAUAUCUUUACUAUCAGUGGUAUCGUGCUACUUUACAAUUUUUCUUACCGGAAUCGUGGGUUAAAUUGGAGCCCCGUUAUCUAAUGUGGUUUACGAGAACGGGCGUUUUGCAUCAGCUGAGCUGUACAAGUGCUGGGCUGUCACUAGCCAGUAGCUAUGUUACGCAGUAGCUAAAUCUUUGUGGCCCAGGGUGAAUCGCAAGAUGAAAGUUCAUUUGCCAUUUGUGGUAGGGGUUACAACUGACCAUUGUCCCAGCAAGGUCCAAUUUUAGCGGAUGAUAAUUGUAGAAGCUGCAUGGAAGAGGACGAGGUGGAAUUAUAUCAUCAGUUUCUUCUGGAAUGUACCGCUUUGUGAGAUGAAGACAAAUAUUUCUUUGAUUUCAUUUUCUUAAACAACCACGCAAACUAACUGAUAAAGAAGGGAUAGAUAAACAUGUUUCCCUUUGGGGAACAGCCUUACAACCUAAGCUAACCUACAUAGGACUGACUACAAAACAUAUCGAUUUCAGGAUCCGAGAGGGGUUUUCAUCGGAAAGCUACGAACUCUUCAGCCUGCCUGGAACGUAGUAUAUACUUACAAAUACUAAUCGAGUACAACAAGUUAUGACUAAUUGUUGAAGGAGACUGUGAAUAGAAUGAAAUCGAACUUAAAUAUAUAUCUGAAUAGAAUCCAAUAUACAGUAGAAGUGAGAGCAGAGCUUAUUAAUGCUCACUACAAUUCCGUAUAAAAUCGAAAAUCAUUGUCAGCAAAUUUCUUACAUUGACCUCGUGCCGUUUGCAUCGCAUCGCUGCUUAGGUUGCUAACACAGGAAGCACGUUUUGCAUGCAGCACUGCAACGCAGGAAAUGCACUAAACUCAACGCCUGCAUAAUUAACGAUGUUGGAAAUUAUACGUUCGCGUACAGCUGAUCAAAUGAACGUCAGCGUCGAGUGUAAGAAGAGCGACAAGCCACAUAAAGCGCAGCAACCGUUUAGGAAAAUACGCAGUAGGAGGUGACGAAAGACGCGGAGUAAAUCGAAGUGGAAAUCAAUACUCAUUAAUUGAGCAUACUAAGUAACAGGUGAGUAUGAUAAGCGGUGGUCUGAACUCUCCCGGUUGCUGUCGUGAGAGAGAAAUCUUUGAAGCGCUCUCGUGAAGAGAACGCUUAGGCUUACAGUUAGGUGUUCACUCAUAUAAUCACACACACUCUGGAAGUUUGGUUUAAGCGCGCAAUUGGAAACUUUUGCGAAUAAAACACACACAAGCGCAAAUAGAAGUCCAAGUCCGAGACGUAGUCGAAGCUGAAACAGAAGCUCAUGUCGCAGUUACUCGUUGUACUUGUAAUCAUUGGUGUCUGCGCUAAGCUUUUCUCCGGCAGUUACCUGUAAGUUCGCCACGGUUUUUUCUUCACAAGCGACUUCAGUCGUUUCUGAGACGUUCGCGAGUGAAGUACGUUGUGCGCAACAACAAGCAACUGUUCGCCGCUUCAAAGUGCCGCUAACGUAUUGCCGCUCCCCGCCAAUCGAUUCCUUUUGAACACCAGUUUUAGUUCAGGUGUUUCUGAGCGCUAUUCUUCGUGUUUUUUUUGUUUUUCUUCGUACUCGUAAGUGUCUCGCACUUAUUUAAGUGCAGUGCGCGGUCGUGCUGUGUCCACGUCGGUGACGUUGGCGACGUUUGAAUUUCUGUUUUUUUAUCUUUAAAGUGAGUUUGUGUGUGUGUGUUUGUUGUUUUGUUUGGUUUUAUUUCAAUUUUAAGUGGACUUGACUGUCGUGGUAGAGCGCGCAAGUCGCCGCUUGAUACUCGCCACCACAUAACCCGUGGCAUAUAUUUUGCUGCGCACAUGUCUCAAAAGUGCAUAAACAAAAACAUUUGGAAUGGAACUUAAAAAUAGCUGAAAUACAAGCAUAUUUAGUUGGCAAAAAAAAAACAAAAACAAAAA